AUGGGCAAUGAGGAGAGCUCGCCGGUCAACGAGUCGGUCGAGCCACAGGCUCUAACCRACAGGACUAUCGAGGCUGUUGGAGAAUACAUCAAAAGUGGUCGGGCGCGGAAGAUUGUGGUUAUGACUGGAGCUGGCAUAUCAACUUCAGCAGGAAUCCCCGACUUUCGAUCUCCCGAUACUGGACUGUAUGCAAAUCUUGCACGGUUGAACCUUCCCUAUGCAGAGGCUGUGUUCGAUAUCAGCUACUUUAGGGACAAGCCCGAGCCUUUCUACACGCUUGCCCAUGAAAUCUACCCUGGAAAGUAUCGACCGACCAUCACGCAUUCCUUCAUUCGGCUCCUUCACGACAAAGACUUGUUGCUCAAGCACUUCACACAAAACGUGGAUUGUCUUGAUCGAGAAGCGGGAGUACCGGACGACAAGAUCGUAGAGGCGCAUGGCUCUUUCGCUCGACAAAGCUGCAUCGAAUGCAAAGCACCAUAUCCUGAAGCGGAUAUCAAGAAGCACAUCGCAUCCAAGACGAUCCCACGAUGCUACGACUGCAAGGGACUUGUCAAGCCAGAGAUUGUAUUUUUCGGUGAACAGCUACCUGCUGCCUUCUUUCAAGCACGAUCUCUUCCGGCCGAAGCGGACCUUUGCAUCGUUAUGGGAACAAGCUUGACAGUACAGCCAUUUGCUAGCUUACCGUCAAUGUGCAGAGGUUCCACGCCGCGUGUUCUCAUUAAUAAGGAGCGCGUGGGAGGCCUAGGCACAAGCGCAGAUGAUGUGCUUAUACUUGGRGACUGCGACGAGGGGGUAAGAAAGCUUGCAGAGGCGUGUGGUUGGCUUGAUGAACUGGAAGCGCUGUGGGCUUCCACUGCUCCGAACUACAGAACUGCGAAGAAUGUCGAAGUCGAGCAGCCCGCCGGAAAACAGAGGCGUACAGAUGAGGAGCUAGAGGAAGAGAUUGCGCGAUUGACGAAGGAAGUCGAUGAGACGCUCAACUUGUCGAAGUGGCAUGAAGAAAAGGUUCGCAAUGAGCGGCUUCCCACUGAGCCAAAGAAACCACACGAGGACAGCAAGGGUAGUCUUGGGCACAUCUUCAUCGGUCAGAAAGCCGACGAUGACAAGGACGGUUCUUCAAAGCUCUAA